AUGGUAGCCAAAAUAAAUGAUUUUCUAUCGUUAUUCAAAAUAUUUAUAUUUACUUUAUUAAUAUGGAUUACAUAUUUUUCCAAUCAAUCCUCUAUUUUGAGAAUUUCACGGAACAAGAAUGACCAGUUCACUACCCCAUUCACACUUAAAGUUACAAGGGUAUUAAGUGAAUUUCGUCACCCAUCAAGACAAUCAGAAGUAUUGAAUAAUCAAAAAGUUGAUAUUAUUCAGGAUAAAUCUGAUAUACCGAAGGAAAAUGAAAAAAAAAAAUUAAUCAAUGCAUCAUCCGAAGCCUCAAAAUCAUCACAAAACAUAAAGGACUCAUACAACAUAAAAACAAAAAUUAAAGCCGUCAAAUAUGGUAUUAGUAUCAAAAAACUCAUUCAAAAAUUAGAAGGGAUUCUUCAUGUUGAUUAUGUAAUUAAUGAAUUAAAAGGGGAUUACAGCAUUAGAGAAUUAAUUGAUGAAUUAGAGGAUUUUAAUGGAUUUCACGAUUUAAUUAUUGUACUAAAAUAUUCAAACGAUCCCGAAUUAAUUAAACUGCUAUAUACUUCUAACAAUUUGGAAAAAGUACUUUUUGUAUUAAAUUAUUUCAAUAAUGUUUGUAAAAAUGUAAAUGGUGAAUGUACUUCAGAUAAUGAACAAAAUAAAACAAAUUCAAUGCCCAAAAAAAAAAAAAUUCCAGUAUUAUCUUUUUUAUUUAAAAUAAUAGAUAAUUUUUAUGAUAAAAUCAUGGUAAACGCUUCCCUAAAAUUAUAUAAAGCAUAUAAGCUGGGAAAUUGGUUUAAUAAAGUGAUUUCAACUAUUGCUUUUUUCUCUAAAAUGAUAAUUCCUAUAACAAUAGGGAUUGCGUUAGUAACAUUAUUAUCUUAUUUAAAAGGAAUCGUAUAUUACGUAACAUCCAUUGUUAUCAUAAUAUUAUCACUUGCAUACAUCCAAGAUAAAACUGUAAAAUCCUAUAAUUACGUCGUAGAUAAAUACGAGUUUAUACCUUUGGAGCUUCAGAUCGAAUUAAAAAUGGAAUAA